CGCGAGCCCUGGAGCACUUCCGCCCUGUUGUGAAGUGGGUGUCUCGGUGGAGACUUGGGGAGCACUUCCUCUCCCAGCAUCCCUUGGAAAAUACACAGUCGAUGUAGGAAGACAUUGGAGGAGGCCAUGGCUGUUGCCUUGGGGUCCCAGACCCAGAACUCUCCCCCACGAGUGCCCGAAGAACUCCUGAUUGUGAAGCUGGAAGACUCCUGGAGGUCUGAAAGCAGACCCGGGGAGAAGGAUGCUGCCCCUGGCCCUGAGGCUUCCCGCCAGCGCUUCCGGCAGUUCCAGUACAGGGAUGCAGCAGGCCCCCACGAAGCCUUCAGCCAGCUCUGGGCACUCUGCUGUCACUGGCUGAGGCCGGAGAUCCGCCUUAAAGAGCAGAUCCUGGAGUUGCUGGUGCUGGAGCAGUUCCUGACCAUCUUACCCCAGGAGGCCCAGGCCUGGGUGCAGGCACACCACCCGGAGAGUGGCGAGGAGGCUGUGGCAUUGGUGGAGGAUUGGCACCGAGAGAGCCAGGCUGCAGUACCACGGGAACUGGAAUUGUAUGCAGAAGAGAACAGGUCAUUAAAGUCAGUGCAGGAAUCUCAGAAUCUCCAGCUCCACCCAGUGGAUCCCAGGCCUGAGGAGCAGUCUCAGAAGGAGUGGGCGAAGAAUCACUGCUCUGAUCUUCCCAAGCAUCUAGGCAACAAGCUGGCACCUCAGCCCUUGACGGAGAGCACCGUCCUCACCUCCCGAGUUCCUACUCUUCCAAAAAUGGGCAUCAUCAGAGACUGGGAGGUGACCUCUGAGUCCCAGGAAACCACGGGCCUUGGUAAACAUGCAGAGGAGUGCCACAAGGACCCCCCGGGAGACAGCUUCGGGAAUGGUAUGUUCCUGGGUGUUCCAGUUUCAAAACCAGGUAUCUCCCAGCCAGAGCAAGAAUCAGAAUUUUGGGGUCCAGGUUUUAUGAAUUCUGGAAGAAAGAGCACUGUAGAUUCAAACCUAGAUAGUGAGCAGACCAAACCAUCGCAGGCCUUGGCAUGGAGGGACUCGAGGGCCUGGGAAGAGCAGUGCCCGUGGGACACAGAGGACAUGAAGGUGUCAGGCGUGCACUGGGGCUAUGAAGAGACAAAGACCUUCCUGGCCAUUUUGAGUGAGUCCCCAUUCUCUGAGAAGCUCCGGACUUGUCACCAGAACCGCCAGGUGUACCGGGCCAUUGCCGAGCGGCUGAGGGCCCGGGGCUUCCUGCGGACCCUGGAACAGUGUCGCUACAGGGUCAAAAACCUCCUGAGGAAUUACCGAAAAGCCAAGAGCAGCCACCCGCCGGGGACGUGCCCCUUCUAUGAGGAGCUGGAGGCCUUGGUGAGGGCUCGGACAGCCAUCAGAGCCACUGAUGGCCCAGGAGAGGCUGCGGCACUCCCCAGGCUGGGGGAUAGUGACGCAGAGAUGGACGAACCUGAAGAAGGGGGCUGGGAGCCUGAAGAAACAGUGGAAGACUGUGAUGGUGACGGCUUAGCCGCUGAUGAGUCCAUUCAGGGGCCCAGGACGCCAGGAGUCCCAGCUUUGUUCCACAGUCGUAUUGCAGGUGUGCACUGGGGCUACGAGGAGACCAAGACCUUCCUGACCAUUCUCAGUGAGUCUCCGUUUUCUGAAAAGCUUCGCACCUGUCACCAAAACAGCCAGGUGUACCGGGCCAUUGCUGAGCGGCUCUGUGCACAGGGCUUCCUGCGGACUCUCGAGCAGUGUCGUUACAGAUUCAAAAACCUCCUGAGGAGCUACCGGAAAGCCAAGAGCACACACCCACCAGGGACAUGCCCCUUCUUUGAGGAGCUGGAUUCACUGAUGAGGGCUCGGACAGCCAUCAGAGCCCUGGGCGCCCUCAGGGAGCCAGGGGGUCUCCAGCGGUCUGGGCAGAGCAAAACUAAGACUGACCCCCAGGAGACCUGGGAUGAGAUGGCGGAUGAAGAUGCCACAAAACCUCAAACCCUGUGUCCCACAACUCCAGAGGCAGGCUUUGAAAUGAGGCAUGAGGAAGAAGACCAGAUGUCAGAGCAGGACAUUUUUGAGGAUUUGCCUGGACCCUUAUCAAAAUGUACCACAGAAGAUGUUUGCCACCCUCAAGGUUGGGGGGAUGACAGUGAAAAUGAAAAUGAAGGUGAAGAACAGUGGGGAAAUCCCUCCAAAGAACCAUGGGAAGAAUGUUCUUCUGAAGAGGAUUUAGAAAAGCUUAUUGAUCACCAAGGCCUCUACCUAGCAGAGAAGCCCUACAAGUGUCACACCUGUGUGAAAAGCUUCAGCCGGAGUUCCCACUUUAUGGCCCACCAGCGGAUACACACGGGUGAGAAGCCCUUCAAAUGCCUUGAGUGUGGGAAAAGCUUUAGUGACCGCUCCAACCUCAACACCCAUCAGAGAAUCCACACUGGAGAGAAGCCCUACAAAUGCCUUGAAUGUGGGAAAAGCUUUAGUGACCACUCCAAUCUCGUGACCCACCAGAGAAUCCACACAGGGGAAAAGCCCUAUCAAUGUGGAGAAUGUUGGAAAAGCUUCAACCAGAGCUCAAACCUUCUGAAACAUCAGAGAAUCCAUGUUGGAGGAAAUGCUGACCCCUGUAGUGAAGCCGGAGAAAACUUGGGCCAAAGCCCAUCCUGCAGUGCUCCCUGGAGGAACGUGGCCGAGGAACCGACUCGUGAACAACCCCAAAGUGCCAGUAAGGACCUGAAUCCUCCUGGACCGCACAGCACCAACUCAGGGGAGAAACUCUAUAAAUGUUCUGAAUGUGGAAGAAUCUUCUCCAAGAGCUCUGCCCUCAUUAGUCACCAAAGAAUCCACACAGGCGAGAAACCCUAUGAAUGUGCUGAAUGUGGGAAGAGCUUCAGUAAGAGCUCGACGCUGGCCAAUCAUCAGCGAACGCACACAGGCGAGAAGCCGUAUAAGUGUGCAGACUGUGGCAAGUGCUUCAGCGAGCGCUCCAAGCUCAUCACCCACCAGAGAGUACACACUGGGGAGAAGCCCUACAAAUGCCUUGAGUGUGGGAAGUUCUUCCGUGACCGUUCUAACCUCAUCACUCACCAGAGAAUUCACACGGGAGAGAAGCCUUACAAGUGCAGAGAGUGUGGGAAAUGCUUUAAUCAGAGCUCUAGUCUUAUCAUUCAUCAGAGAAUCCAUACAGGGGAGAAACCCUACAAGUGCACGGAGUGUGGGAAAGACUUCAACAACAGUUCCCACUUCAGCGCCCACCGGAGAACCCACGCAGGAGGAAAAGCGUCUUAGGAGACACAUCUUCCCACAGCAGCAGCUAAAUGUGACUCUGACUCGCCAAGAGCAGAAGAUGUGCUAGACAAAACUUUCCUAGUUUUUAAGCUUAGUAUAUACCCAGGGGACUUAUUUUGAUAUAAUCCAGGUAACUUGGAAGUGAAUUACAAAGGCUAAGGAUCCAGAUUUGAAGGCACUUUUUCUUAAGUUAAUUCGAUUUUCUUCUGUAACCACCUAUCCCCUUACUCUCCUCCCCUCUGUAGUUUAAGGGGUUAGAGGUGAUCAGUGAUCCUGAGCUGUGAUUCCACACCUUUCUGUGCCUUUACACUGUCCGCGUGCAUAUGUGCCCCAUUGAUAUGCAUCUGUCAGCAUAUCUUACACAUGGCAGUUUUCAGUUGGGCCUAUCCU